GCGAAGGACACGGGGGCUGUAUUUGUUGAAGAAAUCUAUAACGCGAGAAACAAGAAAAGAAAAGUAAAAGAAAAUACUUUGGCCUGUUAUCAAUACGUCGGGUAAGGGUUGUCGGGACGGUUAGUAGGGGUUUAUUUUCUCUAGGGGUGGUUUUGGGUCGACGUUUUCACCGGUUGCAGUACGACGGGCGCCGUACUGGCGUCGGCAGUUACCCCUAAACGUUCUUUGGAGGCGGAUCCACCCAUGGCUUCGGAUUAUAAAAAUGAAAAGUACAAAAAUUCGACUGAUAUUAGGGUAAAACUGGAGUCGGCUUGUCGCGAGCUUGUGCUAAAACCGAUUCGCGUUGCCGCGAUGAGGUGAUAAAUUGUGAUAAAAAUUAAAUAAUAUAACAAGAAUAAUAAUGGUAUUGAUAAUAAUAAUGAUAAUAACAGCAACAACAACACCAACGAUAACGUGUACACGUUUUUUAACGGGAAUAUAAAGUAUGUUUGUAAUACAUUCCGUGCGUGCGUUGUACAUUUGUUGCUGCGUACAAUGUAUAACGAAUAUUGUUGUUUGUUAUUAUGAUUCAACGUUGAUUCAUAGCAGUCCACAGAUAAUUGUAUAAUAAAUCGUAGUGUGAAAUGAAAAUUAUCUGCAAUACGAGGAAACACUCGGCACGUUAUUAAUUACCUAACACAGAAUUAAACAGAAUGACAAUCAGUUAUAAUAUUGCUAAUUCGCUAGAGUAGAAUUCCGUGUAUUGUUAAGUAAAAGCAAUGGUAAUAAAAUUUUAUUCAAUAUUAAUAAACCCUCACGCGGUUAAUAUGGGUGAAAACAUACGUGUCGAUAAUUAUUAAUCGGACACGCGUCAGAGGGGGAUGUCGGUUUUAUUCAACGCUUGACGUAUACGCGAUAGACGGAGGGUAUUGUAUAAUGCAUCUCAGGGCGAGCGAUUGCUUUCGACGCAUAAUUUUUCUCCCAAUUUUACAAAUAACCUACAGUAUUACACACUCGGUCGAAAUGUUGCAGUAAACUUUGAGUAAUGCGUUACGAAGAUAUUGAAAGUGACAAGAAAUCAACUACAGACCGAAAUUUUGCAACGAUAGUGCAAUAAGAUAUAUAUUAUAUAUAUACCUGUAUAUAUACAUAUAUAUAUGUUUUUUUUUUAUACAAGAAAUCGAACCACCGUGAUUCAAACUUGAUGAUCGUCGAUCAGUUUCCGCUGAAACUAACUGUUUGGGGCAAAAAUGAACCAGGAAGCUGAAGAGCAGCGGCCAAUACCGCAGACGCUUUGCGGCGCCCUACAGAAAGAAGCAAACUGCAAGUGUCUGGUCUUGUCAGUUUUGAUAUACGGAUGUUUAGCGGCUGUGACCUGGUGCAGAUGCGCGAACGUUACGAAGGUUGUUAUUGACUUUUUGAAGUACCCGAUUACUAGUACAAAACACGUCUCGCCAUGCGACGACGGCUACGUUUACAUACCGGUGGCAUUCAUGGGCAUGCUGUACCUCGUCUACUUGGUCGAGUGUUACCACUCGCCGAUAAGGAUCGACCUUUUGCACGCGAGGAGCCAGGACAGCAUACUCACGAAAUUAGCACAGCUCAAGAUGGCCAAGGCGACGAUAUGGUGGAAGGCGAUAUCUUAUCACUACGUCCGCAGGAAACGCCAGAUAACGAGGUACAGGAACGGUGACAACUACACCACGACUCAGGUCUAUUACGAGAGGGUGAACACCCACGCUGCAACCUCGUUUUACUUCUACGGUUACUGCGGCGUCAAGGACAUCAGCAAGGAGUUACUCCUGGACCCGAAAUUGCCGAUAACGAAAAUAUCCCUUACGAAGGGGUUCGCCUUUUCGAACAUGAGGUCAGCGACCGAAUUCGAGGAGGCGAGGUCGAGAUUCUUCGCUGAACAGGAGCACAGGGACGACUACAUGGAGAUGCGGGAGGGCCUGGAUCUGGGCUACAACUUCAACCCAACCUCCCUUGUUGCUGUCCUCGGAAAACCCUGGUUCACAAACGCUUACGUCUACUGGAGUCUGAGCGCCCUUCUCCUCAGCUGGCCCUUAAGGAUCAUCAUCGAGUGCAACACGCAGUACACCGAUUACCAAAUCACAAAACUCUUUGGCGUCAACUACGACGCACCGACCGCAAACGGACAGCCGAUUCACGCUUCGUCCAGCCAGCUCAGCGCUCCUGGUUCCUACAUGCUGGUUCCGAGCUACAGCGAGGCUCUGCUGAUGGAACCGGCACCGGUUCCGGUUCGUUCCGGAGUCAGCGAGGAGCCUGCAACAGACAUGGUGCCUAGCUACUCGGAGGCGCUAUUGUACGAGAGGGCGUACGACCUCCAGGGUGAAGUGAGGGUCGAGCAGUGCCCGGAGGCGGCUGGCGGUUCCUCGGGAGGAGGCUGCGAGUGUCCGUGUCACGGACAAGUUUGCGAGGCGGGGAUUCCCGGCGGGAGCAACCGAAGCUCGAUGGAGGUGCCGGAGGAGGCGCAGGACAACUGCUCGGUCGGUAAUAUCGGCAGGCCCUGUUCGAGCUGCAGCGAGGAGCCGAUGAGCGUCGGGCAUCCGGAUCCCGUACCCAGGCUGAUCGGCGGAGGGUCGAGUCGCGGCUCGGCCGAGGCGCUGAGCCAAGGUUCGGAAUCGACAAGAGCGGGCCCGCAGGAGAAGCCGCGGCAUAUCCCGAGGGAGAACUCGGAACCGAACCUAAGGACGAGCUCCGACCAGCUCUUCUGCGGUAGUGUUCCGGUCUUUGGUCGCGGGGCGGCGCGGCUCAGCCUGGAGAACAUCCUCGAGCACGAUGAGACCGUUGAGUCGGACUUCGGCACCCGGGCUGAGGCCCUGAUCCUUGAGGAGGAUGACGAUUUCGACCCGAGACGUAUCGCCGGUACGAGUCGUGGCGCGAUUCCGAAAACCCUCGAAGCCCCCGCUGAGCGCCCGAAAAAGAUACCCAGCUCCAGGACCUACUUCUGCAUCAAGUCCAUCCUCAAGCAGCACCGCCGGCGAUACACUCUCGUCACACCCGAGGAACUCCAGAACCUCGUUGGCCUCGAGCAGAACGGCGAUGUCGCAUCUACCAGCCGCGGAUGCAACCCUCAAUGCUGCGGCGCUCAUUGGGAGAGGAUCGACGUCAACUCCAACACCCUGGAGAAUGGCAUGCCGCGCAGGGGGCAGCAGCUAUUUCAGGGCAGCCUCGACAGCCUCAGUUCAGGACGCCUCAGCGAGGCCCCAUCUAUGCACAAACGGGACAGCUCGCGUACCCUCAUUUUCGCCAGUCCCAUUCAGGAGAUAUGCCCCAGCGAUCCGUUCGGCGGAAGGACUUUAGUGCCCAGCGAAAAUCCACCGGACUACGAGGAUGCCCUGGAUCUUCCUGUUCUCUCCAGACUCAAGCGGUCCUUCACGGAGCGUGAGACGCGAACCCCAGGGGCCGGGGUCCGGAAACACCAUCGUACGUUCAGCAUAGAGCCGGAGUACUUAUUUUCGGGGAACCGGGGAGUCGAGAGGCGCUGUCAGGGUGACGGAAUGCCCUACGACGUAGUAAUCCCGGUACAGAAUAGCAGAGUCAUAAUGCCGAGUCAGUAUCGGCGGACAGUUUCGGAGGACGGAGCUUCCGGUUCGAGCGGUUGCUGCCGGGAGCAGGAGCCGGAAUCCGGGGGCCGUCUUUCGCGGCUGACGCGUUCCCUGACGGAGAGAACGUCGUCGAGGAGAAACGGGGAUCGUGACUUCCGGAGGAGCCUGACGGACAGGAUCGAGUUUUCGAGGAAUCGUCCAGGGAGCAGGAAGGUCAAUAUAAACAUGGAAACCUCUUUAUAACAAGUCCGAUACGUUAGAACAAUUUUUUUCGACGACGUCAUAAAAGUUUUUUACCUCAGUGCUGCUUAUAUUAUUUUUCAAUAUCUUUCUCGGGGCAAAGUGUUCCUCUGACAGGAUUACAAUGAUUCUAAUAUUCUAUUUCAUUCGGUUGACAAAAUUUGCUAUACAUGUAUACUUCGUACGAGAUGUUACGUCCUUCUGAAAGGUAUUGGGAACCAACGUAUGGACGAAGCUGUAUAUAAGCAAUAUGGCGUCGGAGAAAGUGAUCAGCUGAUGGUUUUAUGCAAAUCAUGCGAAUUAUAGGACACGAAAAACUUCUGGCAAACUGACGAGCCCUUAUUUUGUUGUAUCGAUUUAGUAGAGAGUAUAAGGAGUUCGAGAAAAAAAAUUGUUAGAUAAGUUUUGCCGACAAAUGGCGUCUUCCGAUGUGUUGGUUCCUAAUACAGGUAUAAUCGUUCCUGCGGAACUCGAUCGCUCAAAUUUAACGCACGGUUUGACUAUAGAGAUAGUAAUCAUGUAGAGAACUUUUCAAUUUAUCCUUGAGAAAAUGUGUUACUUUUAAAUUUCAAAGGAUCAUUGAUCUCAACAAGUCAAAAUAUAUAAGGGCUGAAAAAGUGCCACGUUAGUAUGUAAUUUGAAAAAAUUUAAUUCGAAUGUCGAUCAAUUAUUACUAUAUUCUAUAUCUAUAGGUGUAAUGUAUAUUUACAGGUACUGAUAAUUAGGUGUUCAUUUUCUUUACAAGGACCAGAAGCCGAAAGGUUGAUCGUCGUUGUUAUUCUCAAUAGUUUUUCUCUUUCUAAUCGAUGCUAUUUUUUCCGCAUAAUUGCUGAGUGUGAUGUGCUAAAUGAUGUUCCAUUGUUUUUAUUUUUAGUAUAAGGACUAAGCGUAUAAUUGAUAUUUAAAGAAAGUUUUUGAGCCAGUGUUCUUACAUGCGGAUAUUUGUAAGCUAACGAAUGUGAGAUUUUGAACCGCUGCAUUCCGAGAUCGAACUUGUCUUGGUGGAUCUAUGUAUAACGUUAAUUAUGCUAAGUCAGCGAGUAACUAUAGGUAAGUAAGUUAUUAGCGAUAAGACGCGUAGCGACCCACGGCAGCAAGGGUUUGCAAAAGGCUUAAGGGAAAAAAAAAUCACUCAAAAGAUCAGGAAGAUGUAUGCUCG